UCAUUUGAGCCUCUUCAGACGGCAAGCAACAUAGUGAAACCACAAGUGCCAUUACCCCACGACACUCACUCAGUGCUUUCUUGACACUUGUAGCUGUAGCCAGCAACACAACACACCACCUCCAUUCUGGAUUACUAUUAUCACCAAAUCAGAUAACAAUGCAUUUCUUCUGGAUCAACAAUGUUCUACUCACUUUGAUGAUCCUGAACUUCUUAGAAGUAAUGAGUAUGGGUAAUUCGACCCCUUAUGAUCAAAAAGCUAAUUUUUUGAAGAAAUACUACAAGAAGCACCACAAAUACGAAGGAGAACUUCAGCUAGUAGACGGUGACAGUAGAAAUGAAGGAACUGUUGAAAUAUUUCAUUUUGGACGAUGGGGCAACGUAUGCGAUGACGAAUUCGAUGAGAGGGAAGCUGAUGUAGUGUGCCGGCAAUUGGGCUUCAGCCGAGCGACACGGUUCACUCACAAUGCACAUUUCGGAUUGGCAAGAAGAAAAUACUGGAUGGAUAACAUCUACUGCACAGGCAGUGAGAAGAGAUUGGCUGAAUGCAGAUUCGACGGGUGGGGCUCCAGCGACUGUUCCCCUUCUGAGGCAGCUGGAGUCAUCUGCGAAGAUCCUCAACAAGAAAUCAAUAGUCAGUCAAAAUCGGCCAUACAGAGUUAUGGCGCAAAAACUUCAAAUCGGAUAAACGAUAUUUAUGGCGGAAGAAUGCAAGUUCGACUAGCAGGCGGUCGUGUAUACAGCGAAGGGCGCGUUGAAAUACGGCAUAGUGGAAUGGAUUGGGGUGCGAUUUGCGGCGACGGCUGGAGCCUGUUGGAGGCGAGCGUGGUGUGCCGGCAAUUGGGCCUGGGCUACGCACAAGACGCCCUGCAGACCGACUUCUUUGGCGGCAACCGGUCGGCCAUCUCCGUGGCGGGUGUCACGUGUCAAGGCAGCGAGGCCAGUCUCGAGCACUGCACCUUCCAGCAGCACAAUCGCCAGCUCAGGUGUCCUGGCCACACUCACAACAUCGCUGCUGUCGUCUGCACUAAUGCCAUGGCAGAUUUGGUGAUCGACCACUACGAGAUAGAGCGCACAGCGCACCUGGAGGACAAACGCCUGUACCAGCUGCAGUGCGCCAUGGAAGAGAACUGCUUAGCAUCCACCGCCUACCAGCUCAGGCGCCAGAACCACAACUGGUUCCACCACACCAGGCGUUUGCUCAAGUUUACGGCGCGCAUCCACAACUCGGGAACGGCCGACUUCAGACCUGCCGUACCCAAGCACCUCUGGCAGUUCCACCAGUGUCAUAUGCACUACCACAGUAUGGAGGUGUUUGCGACAUUCGACAUACUGGACAGAUAUGGACGCCGGGUGGCCGACGGACAUAAGGCCUCCUUCUGCCUGGAGGACAACCAAUGCAUGCCGGGCGUCAGGCCCAACUACGCAUGCGCCAACUACGGCGACCAAGGCAUAUCGGUCAACUGCUCCGAUGUGUAUCGAUACAACAUCGACUGCCAGUGGGUCGACAUCACCGAGCUGAAGCCUGGUUACUAUACAUUCAAGGUAUCCAUCAAUCCCGAAUUCAAAGUUCCGGAAAUGAGAUUCGACAACAAUGCAGCAGUAUGCAAGAUGUAUUACUCGGGCUCAUCAAUCAACAUCAAUGAUUGUAACAUUCAGCGGCCAUGAAAUUGCACAUUGACAAGAUUUCUGAUAACAUCGAAAAUUACCAUUUCUAAUGUAUUUUGACGUGAUCCUAGCCUUGAAUCUGUUUGUAUAUGGUAGUCCUUGAUUAAGACUUGGUGUUUAACUACAGAUUCUGAUGAGUAAGUCAGACGUAUUAACUUGAUAUUAUAGUCCUACCAGAAAUUGGUCGGAGAUUCAAAAUUUGUAUUACUAAGACAACAUGAUUGAUAUGAAAAUGAUAAUUUUAUCUAAUCGAUUAUGUAUCCAUACAGGAUUUUAUAGAAUUAUCAAUAUCUAUGGACUGAAUAAUUGUUCAGCCUAUCAUCCAACUUUUGAUAUUCGUCAAUAUCCAAGCAUUUACUACGCAUUUAAUAGUGAUUCAGUUGUAUAUCCAUUUUAUUCCCUACAUCAGUGAUCUAAUGGGAAGAAAUAUGCCUGAUACAAUAUUACAGUAGCAUUAAAUAAUUGGAUAUUAAAUGCUUCUAUAAAUUAUUAUGUAUUAUUAAUUUUGUAAUACUAAGCUACAUUUUGUAAUAUAUAACUACUGUCAAUAAUAAUAAUUAUUUCAAUAUAGCCUGAGUUAAUGAUAGUUGUUUGAAAUGAAUAAUAAAUGUCAUCUUCAGAGUUGUAUUAAUGAUGCCUUUAACUUCCCAUAUAUGGGUUUCCUUUACCAAAAAUGUACCUAUAUCAUUUACUUGUUUAUUAAUCCUUUGUCAUUAAAGAGUAUGUAACGCAUGCGACUGUAUUUAAACAAUUUUUGUUAUAAAAUAAGAAUCAUGCGCUUCUCUCACUCUUAUGAUAUUAUAUUCAAUGUAACUGAACUGAUGAGAAUUAGCGCUAGCAUAUUGGUGGGAAAAUAUUGAAUUCCAAUGCAAGCCUUGAAAUUAUGAAAACUCUUCUUCUCUCAGAAACCUAGCCAUUUAUGAGAAAUGAUAAAUAUAAAGUUGAGAUUCAAAAUAUUUUGAAGUCGUUUCUCGCAAAAACUCCACCAAAAGAGCAUUGAAAGUAUGCGGAUUUGUUCUUUUUCCAUACCGCAUAACGAAUCAACAUACAUAUGCUCAGAUCAGAACAAUUAUUCAUGUGCUUUGAAUGUUGCCUUGAAGAGAGAAGAGUCAUUAUGACAUGACAACAAUAAGCUGAUUGAUACAUAUGAAAUGUAGUUUGGAAAGUAAGAAGGAGCUGUGAGAUUAAUGACUCCUUGCGUGGUGAAGAUAUUGUAAGAUUCAUCAAAUCAGGUAGAGUACAGUGGAUUGGGCACUUGUCUAGAAUGCAUGUGGACAGAAUAUCCAAACGUCUGUGGCGAGAAAAUUUAUCAACAGACGUAGGAAGGGUAGACGACCGAGGAAUAUGUGGAUUGAUGACGUAGAGAAAGAUUUGCGGAUCCUGGGGGUGCGUAAUUGGAAGAUGCAGGCAGAUGAUCUAAUUGUAUGGAGAGGCUUAGUAAAGGAGGCCAUGGGUCACAUCGGCCUGUAAACCUAGGUGUAAAGUAUGGUCACCAUUAGGUUUUGGCUCUAUUUCUUCAUGCUAUUUCUAAUAGGGAAUACCAAACUUUAGGAAGCAAACGGGUGAUUCUCAUUGAACUUGAUCUCAUUAACCCAAAUAUUUCUGCGAUGGAGGCUGUAGAAUAAAUAAAACGUUCAAAUAGAGUGAAAA